AUGGCCAUCAUCAAGGACCAGAUCGCAAGGAUGAAGGGGUCGAGGCCGCUUCAGGGAACAUCGCACGAGGUGACCAGGAGGAUCAAGUCGGCAAGAGAAGCUACCGCCGAAAUAAGGGUACCAACGGAGGAAAUGUCCAAAGCAAAAGCAGAGCAAUACCGUCGCCAUUUCGACGCAGCACGCAACUUCGAAGACGAAGACGACGGUUGGUUGCACGUGGACACCAAUACCGCUCGACCAUCUCACGUAACACAUCACUCGCUCACCUCUCCCCGUCAAUCGAGUCCGCACAGCAACAGUCACAGCAAAGUCAGCACAUUACGCUCAACCGCCAACAUCUUCUCGCCACAGUCAAACCCGAACGAAAACACCCACGUCUCAUCGCCCCUCGCCAGCAGGUCGCAACUCAAGCCGACAGCUCCGAAAUGGGUCUCCCAGUCACAGAACGCGAGCCCAACCGGACAUUCACCCUUCACAGCGCCGACCGCGAAUGCUCCUUCAUUUGUGCCUGGCACCUACUCUACUGCCAAAGGAGGCUACCAAGCAAACGAUGAAGAGGAGGGACCGCCCCGGCUGAGAGACGCUGUGGCUCGUGAGAGAGAACUCAUCGGGCAGCAGCUCAGGGACAGGGCUCUUGCCAGAGCUAGGCGCACUGCUAUGCAAGAGGAAGAGUCGGAGCGGCAUCGUAUGAAAGCUGGCAGAGGCGAGGGAGACUACUACAGCUCUGGAUCGCCGCGACGCAUGGAUGAGAAGAUUCCGUGGGGGGUUGUCGCUCAUCCAACGGGCCAGCGGCCGUGGCGGCGAAAUCGCAACUUUCGGGUGAGAGGACGAGGCUCUUUCGGAAGGUCAGUGGACUGA